AUGAACACGUUGAGGGCAGUGUGUUACUUGAACAAUGGGAAACUACACCAGUGGCAAAGGUCAGGCCGUUCACUCUGUGAACCUCCGGUCCUAGCCGGUCUCUUCUUGGGUGGUGGAGUGGAGGAGAGCCAGCAGAGGGAGAAAUUUGAGAUCACAAACUUGAACAUGAAAUCAGGGAUGUCCCUGAAGAUUAAAGGCAAGAUCCACAAUAACGUUGACCGCUUCCACAUUAACCUGGGCCAGGGGAAAGAAACGCUGAACCUGCAUUUUAACCCUCGCUUCAAGGAAUCCACUAUUGUCUGUAACACCCAUGAUGGUGGCCACUGGGGACAAGAGCAACGAGAAAAUCACGUUUGCUUCAGUCCGGGGUCAGAGGUCAAGUUCACCAUUGCCUUCCAAGAUAAAGACUUCAAGGUGACGUUGCCCGACGGACACGUGCUGACCUUCCCCAACAGGCUGGGCCACAACCACCUGCACUACUUAGGCAUGGAAGGGCUCCAGAUCUCCUCCUUCAAGUUCGAGUGAGCGUCUCCUCAGAAGACCUUAGCCCUGAGCCAGCUUCAGCCAGCCCUCCAGCAAGC